UAUACUUCUCUUCCAGUGUCUCUGGGCAGUCCCGCGGAACAGGGGAGCUUUCGUAAAGUUUCUGACGUGAGUGUACAAAGUGGCCGGCACACUUAGCAACCCUGUAACAUGCAGCAGUUUCUACGGAGGAACGGGGGCUAUAGAGCAGCAGGCAGCUGCAGCUUGGAGGAAGCGGUGGAAAGUAGGUUGCGGCGCUGAACCCUGGUACGGUCGGAGAUCUGAGCUCAGCGCUCUAGGAAAGUUCGAUUGGCUGUUGGGAGACAUCCAUCCGGUGGCUCGGGACCGUUCGACGAGAUGUUGUCCCGAAAGAAAACUAAGAAUGAAGUGUCCAAACCAUCCGAGGUGCAGGGGAAAUACGUAAAGAAGGAGACAUCGCCACUGCUGCGGAAUCUUAUGCCUUCAUUCAUCCGCCAUGGUCCAACGAUUCCAAGACGAACUGAUAUCUGUCUUCCAGAUUCAAGCACUCAUGCCUUUUCAGCUGGGGAUGGAGUAGUUUCCAGAAAUCAGAGUUUUCUUAGGACUCCAGUUCAGAGGCCACCUCAUGAAAUCAUGAGGAGAGAGAGCAACAGACUAUCCGCACCUUCCUACCUUGCCAGGAGUUUAGCAGAUGUCCCUCGGGAAUAUGGUUCUUCUUCUCAGGGUUUUUUAAUGGAGACCAAUCCUGCUGUUGAAAAUGGUGACUCUAGUUCUUCUUUUUAUUAUCUGGAUGAUUUUUACAAUAGUCAGAAGAGGCAAUCACCUGGAGAUCGUGUUCAUAAAGACUACAGAUAUGAAUACAACAAUGAUCUCUUCCAAAGAAUUCCACAGAAUCAGGGGAGGCAUGCGUCAGCCUUUGGGAAGGUUGUUGCUACAUCUUUAGGGAAUUUAAACCACAAUUCUGAAGAUAUACCUCUUCCUCAGGGCUGGUCUGUUGACUGGACAAUCAGAGGAAGAAAAUACUACAUAGAUCAUAAUACAAACACAACUCAUUGGAGCCAUCCUCUUGAAAGAGAGGGACUUCCUCCAGGAUGGGAAAGAGUUGAGUCAUCAGAAUUUGGAGUAUAUUAUGUAGAUCAUCUAAAUAAGAGAGCACAAUAUAAACAUCCAUGUGCUCCUAGUGUACCCCGGUAUGAUCAGCCUCCUCCUGUAACAUAUCAACCCCAGCAAACUGAAAGAAGCCAGUCCCUUCUGGUACCUGCAAAUCCAUACCAUUCUGCAGAGAUCCCUGACUGGCUUCAGGUUUAUGCUCGGGCUCCUAUGAAGUAUGAUCAUAUUCUAAAAUGGGAACUCUUCCAGCUUGCUGAUCUCGAUACAUACCAGGGAAUGCUAAAGCUGCUCUUCAUGAAAGAACUGGAACGGAUUGUUAAAUUGUAUGAAGCAUACAGAGAAGCUCUUCUCACAGAGUUAGAAAACCGCAAACAGAGACAGCAGUGGUAUGCCCAGCAACAUGGCAAAAAUUUUUAAGCUAUUUUUAAUGAAAAUUGUGAAGUUUUAUAAUGACUUUUUCGUUAUUUUCUCUUUUUAAAAACACAUGUUUUAGCUGAAUAAAAAACAGCUUUCAUUUU